CAUCGAAAGAGAAAGAUCCAACUACGAUGCAGGAGGAGGCUGAGUCUUGGCGUCGCGCGAAUCUAUGAGAAUGCGUGGAUAACGAGAACAAGGAAGACCCACCGUUGCAGUACCGGCGCUAUGCGAUGGAAGUGUGGUCUAGUGCCGUGUUCAGGACGCACAGUAUUGGCUCCUUGAUUGGCAGUACUCAUCUCCAGCUGCACUAUUAUGAACGCUCGUCGAUUAUCGUAUCACAAGAGAUUGCCAUGGAAGAUGACCCGGACUCCUUCAUCGCUAUACUAAUCGGAUUGCAUCGAGUCAUGCUCGAAAAACACGGUAUUCACAGUAUCGUUGAAGACCCCAUCCUCAGCGACUACGCAGAAUACACGGAGGAACAUCUGGAGGACACCGCGACGCUAUUCGAAGGGAGAAAUCUGACGCUGAAGAAGGCGGAUGGAAAUCCGGUGGUCCUAAUGCUGGGGAAAAUCAUCUUCCGACAGCUUGGAAUUAUCGGACGGGAUACAAGUGUCGUCGAAGCAACGGCAGAGGAUUACGAAGAGCGGAAAGGCAUGGAAAUGGUUGUGAAGAUUAGCUGGCAGGAUAAAUCGCGUCCCUCGGAGGGAGACUUCAUGAACAACGUGAAGAACGCGGUGGACAAACCGUCUAAGACUGGGACAUCCCAUCAGCGCGCACUUCCUCGAGACUGGAACGCCUCGCUACCUCAAUGUCUUCAAGAAUAAAUGUUUUCUAGUUGGAUGUCCCCUACUUCGAAUUCGAAGACUGCGUUAAUGCCUGGGUAAACUAAGUAUCCCAUCGCUAUUCCGAUGCUACUCACUAACA